AUGGAGACAAGACCAGUAUGCAGACUUUUGAAAUCUCUGUAUGGGCUUAAGCAAACACCAAGACAGUGGAAUGCUAAGCUGUCUGAGGCACUUCUGAAGUUUGGUUUCAUGCAAAGCCAACAUGAUCACUCCCUGUUCAUUAAAGAGUCAGGGGAACACAUCAUAAUCAUCUUGGUGUAUGUUGUUGACAUGCUAAUCACUGGGCCUACCCUGACACUAAUAGCUGAGAUGAAGACCAAGCUGCAGCUGACAUUCAAAAAGAAAUAUCUAGGAGAUCUUAAAUACUUUCUUGGCAUUGAGUUUGCCAGGUCACAAAGAGCAACACCUAUUGAAGCCAACAUCAAACUAACCACUAAGGAGUAUGAUGAACAUACUAGCAGCUCUAAUGCAACUGAUGAUGAAGUGUUAAUAAACAUCAAUCAGUAUCAAAGAUUACAAGGGAAACAACUCUACUUAACUAUCACAAGGCCAGACAUAGCAUAUAGUAUUCAUACACUAAGCAUGUUUAUGCAAAAACCGAAAAGAUUACAUUUGGAAGCUACUCAAAGGGUGGUUAAAUAUGUGAAGAACCAACCAGGUCAAGCCAUACUGUUGUCUAGCAAACAGAGAAACACUAUCACUGCAUAUUGUAAUGUAGACUGGGCAACCUGCCCUAUCACUAGGAAGUCAGUAACAAGCUUCUUCAUCAAGUAUGGCGAUUCUUUGAUAUCCUGGAAGUCAAAGAAACAAAGCACCAUUUUUAGGGGCUCUGCAGAAUCUGAGUACAGAAGCAUUGCAUCAACUAUAGCUGAAUUGGUGAUACUUGGUCUGUUCAAAGACAUUGGUAUAGAAGUUGGCCUCCCCAUAAACAUCUACACUGAUAGUAAAGCGGCAAUUCAAAUAGCUGCCAACCUAGUAUUUCACAACGAACCAAACACAUUGAAAUAA